AUGGCCCAACUGGAGGACCUGGAGCAUCAUCUGGCUCUACCGUACCAGCUACUGGAUCUAAUGGCCCAACUGGAGCACCUGGAGCAACAACUGGUUCUGCCGUACCAGCUACUGGAUCUAAUGGUCCAUCUGGAGGACCUGGAGCUUCAGCUGGCUCUGCCGUACCAGCUACCGGCUCUAAUGGCCCAUCUGGAGCACCUGGAGCAACAACUGGCUCUGCCGUACCAGCUACUGGAUCUAAUGGCCCAUCUGGAGCGCCUGGAGCAACAACUGCUACGGGAUCUAAUGGCCCAUCUCGAGGACCUGGAGCAACAACCGGCUCUGCCGUACCAGCUACCGGAUCUAAUGGCCCAUCUGGAGGACCUGGAACAUCAUCUGGCUCUGCCGUACCAGCUACCUGGUCUAAUGGCCCAACUGGAGGACCUGGAGCAUCAUCUGGCUCUAACGUACCAGCUACUGGAUCUAAUGGCCCAACUGGAGCACCUGGAGCAACAACUGGCUCUGCCGUACCAGCUACUGGAUCUAAUGGUCCAUCUGGAGGACCUGGAGCUUCAGCUGGCUCUGCCGUACCAGCUACCGGCUCUAAUGGCCCAUCUGGAGCACCUGGAGCAACAACUGGCUCUGCCGUACCAGCUACUGGAUCUAAUGGCCCAUCUGGAGCGCCUGGAGCAACAACUGGCACUUCCGUACCAGCUACUGGAUCUAAUGGCGCAUCUGGAGGACCUGGAGCAUUAA